AAUGCAUGCCACACUUUUCAGAUUUCCGUAUUUGUAAAUGCUUAUAACAGUUUUUUUUCUUUUCUUUCCCUCCUUCCACUGCACAACUAUGGUGCACAUUGUGUUGUUCCGUCACGCUAAAUCUUUCUAAAAUACCCAAGGUUCGGUUGCCAAAAUGAGGAAAAAGUCCAAGGGGUGUGAAUACUUUUGCAAAGCACCGUAUACUAACUAUAGUGUACUCUUUUUAUUUAUUUUUAAAAAAAUCAUACUAAACACACCGAGGCAGCCAGCCUAAUGUAAUGAAAAGCAGCAGCACCUUGGCUGAAACUAGCAGCGUGUCCUUACGUAGCUCUCAUAUUCCCCCUCGCAGGUCAUGUAAGGACAUUUUGGCACCCAGCCGAAUCGGAAACGAACGCGUUUACGACCCUGCGCGCUGAUUGUCCAGCACCCAGCCGCCUCCCCGAGCCCACCGUGACUUAACUCAUUCUGAAAUACGGCCUGUAUUUGCAUUAAAGUGGGCAUUUUCCCACCCCAUUAACUGCUAACAUUUUUAAGAUCCCCCGGAAAGUCGCCGCGGAAUGACGUCAAGACGUAUUACAUUGAAUGAUGACGCUGUUUGAUCAUUAAAAAAAAAAAAAAAAUCAGCCGUUAAAAUAUUUGAGAAAUAGGUCAUCAAACAAACAAAGCACCGGGCGACUCUUUCCACGAACAGCUACGACGAGCCGAGUGAACUUUUAUGAGGAGCCGCUUUCUGCUGGGAGAUAAACCUGCUCGGACCAGCAGAGAUGUCCGGUGUUUCCAGCAUCAGCAGAGGAGGGCUGUAGCCGUUAAAGCGGUCCGUCUGUCUCGGCUGGCUCUAUUUUUUUUUUUAUUUUUUUUUUUAUAUAAGGGAGAUCCAUCUGCUUUAAUAACUCACGUAGACGCCGCAGCCGCCCCGGCCGGGCUGAAAGCUUUAGCCCGAGGAGAAAGCAACACCGACGGAUACCGACAAGGGACCACCUGGAGGCUGCUCUGCCGAGACCCAGGAAAUCACUCCUCGCUUCGCCUCUUCAAGCCUGGUAGCAACACAGGGCGCAUUACUGUAGUUCUUAGAAACGGGAUUCCAAGAAUCCAGCUCGUCAACUCACUGUCCUGCAAUAUGUGAACCUGGACAGCUCGGCCGCAACACGAGUACGAGUCAGUCUGAAUCGAAGAUGUCGAGCCGCCGGAAGUCCACCACGCCUUGCAUGGUGCUGCCCUCGGACGUGGUGGAGCAGGAAGCCGUAGAGGAGAAGCCGGAGAGAACAAAGGAGGACGAGGCAGGGGAUGAGGAGGAGGAGGAGGAGAGGAAGGGGAAGGAGGCGACAGAGGAGCUUGGUCAGGCGGUGGUAGUUGUUCCCACUCCACCGGACGCAGAUGAAGCCGGCGUCUACAGCGCCGAUGACCUCAAAGUCGUCGGCUCCACGCCGAAAUCCAGACCGAAAGAUUCGCCGGAGGGCCCGAGUUGCGAUCAGACCGCGCAGGAGCCGCAGAGCGACUCGGCCGGGGCGGGAGGAGCGGACUCGGCCGCGGCUUCGGCCAUCUCCCUGAGCAAGACCCCGAUCAUGAGGAUGAAGACCAAGUCCGAACCCAAGAGGAUCGCCGUUUCCCUCAAAUCCUCGGACGAAGGAGCGGGGGAGGGCGCGGGGGGAGGAGGAGGAGGAGGAGACGGGGAGCUGGGAGGGGAGCAGGAGCCCAUCGAAGCCCCGCUCGGACCGAUGACGCCCGUGGAGAAGCUGCUGCACGACUCCAUGAAGUUCGGAGGAGGGGGCCUGCUGGUCAGCCCACCGUCGGAGCAGCUGAGAAAAUCUUCCAUUUUAAACCCCACAAUUCUGCCUGCUGGUCUGGCACAGGUGCUUUCAGCGUUCCAGGCCCAGCAGAGUGCAGCAGCCGCAGCAGCGGCCGUCUCUCAGUCCCAGCUGCUGAUUCCUCUGAGCAGCAUCCCCUCCUACAGUGCAGCUAUGGACUCCAACCCUCUUCUGAUCAACACUUACAGGAAGUUUCCUUACCCCUCCCUGGCAGAAAUAAGCAGCCUGGCGUCACAGACGCAGUUUACAGAGGAGCAGAUCAAGGUGUGGUUCUCGGCCCAGCGUCUGAAGCACGGCGUCAGCUGGACUCCAGAGGAAGUGGAGGAGGCCAGGAGGAAGCAGUUUAACGGGACCGUGCACACAGUGCCUCAAACCAUCACCAUCAUCCCCGCACACCAACUGUCCGCCGCGGCGAACGGCCUGCAGUCCAUCCUGCAGACCUGUCAGAUUGUGGGCCAACCUGGCCUUGUGUUUACACAGGUUGGUCCCGGUGGGAAUCUUCCAGUGACUAGUCCAAUCACGUUGACUGUGGCAGGUUUGCCCAGUCAGUCUCAGAGCUCCAGCAGAGUUUCCUGUCAGUCCACGCCGACAAACAGUGAGCUAAAACGGGCUACCACAGUCCAGCCUCCCUCUCUGUCUCCCCAGGAGAACUCAGCCCUCAGUGCUGACUCGUUCAGUCUGAGACCUAAGAAAUCCAAAGAGCAGCUGGCAGAGCUGAAAGCCAGCUACCUGAAGAACCACUUCGCCUCCGACGCGGAGAUCGCCCGGCUGAUGAAGCUCACCAAUCUGACGAAGGGCGAGAUCAAAAAGUGGUUCAGCGACACCCGCUACAACCAGCGCAACUCCAAGAACAGCCACGUGAUUGUUUUCCACGACGGAGGGGGCCGAGGGGGAAGCAGCUCAAGCAGCGCUGCCAACACCCCCAUAGUCAUUGACUCGAGUGACGAGACCCCCGCAUCCCCUCACCCUCCAAGCACUUCCCCUGUGAAGGAAAAGGAGAAGGAGAAAGAGACCCGAGUCAAGACCUGGAACCCCUUCCCAGACUUCACUUUGCAGAAGUUUAAGGAGAAGACUCCCGAGCAGCUGGUGGUGCUGGAGGAGAGCUUCGAGAAGAGCAGCAUCCCGUCGGACGAAGAACUGAGUCGUCUGAGGACAGAAACCAAACUGACUCGGAGGGAGAUUGACGCCUGGUUCAACGAGAGGCGGAAAGUCCCCGCCGCGAGUACGUCUUCCCCGGAGUCGUCCGAGGGAGGGAAGAUCGAAACAGAUAACUCGAAGGCAGAGGAAGCAGGGGAACUAGGAGGUUCAAGCAACUCGCCUCCGACUGCCUCCUCAUCUCGAAAGGGGAGUCAGACUCCUCCAGGCGGUCGCAGCAAGCAGCUGUCCGGCGGCGGCGGCAGCAAGAAAGACCUGAAAGAGAAAAGCAAAAAGACUCCAGAGCAGCUCCACAUUCUAAAAAGUGCCUUUGUGCGGACGCAGUGGCCCUCGCCGGAGGAGUACGACCAGCUGGCGGAGGAGAGUGGCCUCCCCCGCCAUUACAUCGUCAGCUGGUUCGGGGACUCUCGGUACUCCUGGAAAAACGGGAACCUGAAGUGGUUCUUCCAGUACCAAAGUGGCAACGUCGAGGGACCGAGCGAAGGAGGCGGCGGCAAAACGGGGGGCGGCGGUCGGAAAAGACGUGGCCGGAAUCGCGGCUGGGGGCGGUCCAAAACCAGGAAGCAGCCAAAGAGGUCCUCCUCCUCUUCCAGCGCAGAUGUCAAAAGGUCCCCGCCGUCAAAGAAAUUCAAGACCGGGCGGGAAAUCCUGAAGGAGUACUACCUGAAGCACCACUUCCUCAGUGAGCAAGACUUGGAUGAGCUGGUCACCAAGACCAACAUGAGCUACGAACAGGUGAGGGAGUGGUUUGCUGAAGUCCAGCGACGCUUGGACUUGGGGUUAGAUCCCUUCCUGGAGCCGGCCGCAGGGAGAACGGGCGGGGACAAAGCAGCGCGGGACGAGGGGGAGGAGACGCACGGAGAGAGAUCGGAGAACACCGAGGAGCCGGCGGGCGCAGGAGCGGGAGACGAGGAGGACGACGAAGACGACGAGGAGGACGACGGCGACGAAACGGACGACAGCGAGGUCUGGGAGCCGUCACGUAGCGUCAGGAAAAGCUUGUCCCUUUCCGAAGACUAAAGACUGACAUUUGGCCUGAAAAUUGACUUGAGUUAGGCCGAUACUGGUCAGUGAGGUAAAUUAAGUUUUAUUUGUAUCCUUGUUUGUUUGCCACUGACGUGCAUGAACAAGAACUAUUUCACUGUUAAAUCAAGUCCACAUGAGACUAAUACAUCAAUUAUUAGCUUUAGCUCAACCUUUGAAGGAAAGGUUUCGAUCAAGAUCAAACUGUGACAGAGGUCAUAAAGCAGCUGCUGCAAAAUUAACUUUAGAAAAAAAAAAAGUGUUAAAACUGAGCUGAGAAUGAAAACUCCCACUAUAUGUCAUUCAUAAAUAACAGAUUAAAGCAAAAACUAGCUGGCUAGGAAACCUGAUAUAGUGAAAAGCACAUGAAAAAUCGAUUUUUUUCAGAAUAGUGAAGGUAGUCAAUUUAUCAGCUACAAUUAUCUGUUUUUGAUCUCUUAUAAUCAAGUUUAAAGACCGACAGAUAACCAUACCUUUUUACGUUAACGCUGACAUUUCCUGCUUUCUGAAACUGACAACAAUUUCGUCACACUGACGUUAAAGUGUGUUAAAUUCAAAGUUAAGCCCGAGUUGCAUCAAAAUGCGACAUUAAGACUAAAUCAUGAAUCUAAAUGCAGGAUUCAGCGUGCAUAUUUAUUCCAGCGUCUGAAAUUCAUUUAAAACGGCCGUUUUGUUUGCGCUUCACCAGGAGUUGCAUUGACAUUUUAGGCCGAGGCUGAGGCUUCACUUGGCAAUAAAACGAGUAGCCAGAUGCUGCAUGAAUGCAAACGCUAAAAUGCUCUUAAAUAGUACGGAAUGUUUUCCCUUUAUACCGCCUUACCGCUUCAUCGAUACUACAAGUUUUUAACUGAACAUCUGCAAAUUUGAUGGCGGAGACGCCGCUGAAUGUGUGUGAAUUGAACUGCUGAUGACGUUUUUAAACUUUUUCCUUUCUUUUUUUCCACUUUUUGAUAAAAAAAAAAAAUAUAUAUAUAUAUAUAUGUUAUGUGCUUUUUUGACCCUUUUUUAAAAGAGAUACAGAAAACAUGCUGUGCCAAAGCUGAAAGUGGUGCCUCCCGUGCAGACGGCAAUUUGUGGCAGGAGACACUGGAGAACAAAGCAAUGCCCACUGUGAGGUUUAAAUCUGCUGAAAUCAGAGACACAAAGAUCAUGUCGCGAUUCUAAUUAGAACCAAAUGACUGACUCGCGAUGUGUAGAUCUUUGUGUCCUGACCCAUACUGUAAAAAGAAAAUGUUUAACAGUAUUUGAAAUUAUAAUCUGAACCCAUUCUGCACUGAACCCUCUCCCCCCCCCAACCUAAAGCACUUAAAUUCAUCUUUAAAAGUUUGCACUUUUUCCACUUGAUUAGGCACCUUAAGUCUCACAUUAUACCAUGAAAUGGCUCUGAGAGACCAACCCUGUUUUUUAUGACUAACCAGUAUUUUGCCUUUUGUAUUCCUUCUGUUUUCACGUGAAGGGAUAUAAUCAGUGUAUUGAUUUUUCUAUUUAUAUACCACGUGUUUUAAAGAGCUGGACGUUUGUAACUGCUCCAGAAAAAAGAAACAACAAAAAAAAGAACAAUCAUGCACCAUUAUUUCUGCACUAAAAAUAAUGUCGUAUUAGCCCUACGUUUUGAUAACCUGUCGAUUUGACGAAGCCUAAAAGUUGUUUUUGUCGAUUGUCUCGCUUUAAACGAUGGGAGCUCGUUUUGUUAUUGCUCCGUUCGCCCCUUAAUGACUCCUUAUGCCUUUUAUCGAGUCUUUUUUUUGUCAGGCCCAUGACUAGACUCAUGAUGUGCACGUCCCAGCAGCGUUCCGUUGGGUUCCCUUUUAUCGCAGACUGACAUGCUGGGGAAACCAGAAACCAAAAAACUGAAAACUGCUCCAGUAAACAUAGAAGGAUGGUCUCGGUUGUGAUGAAGAAGCAGGACGGCCUCCUCUUUUCUGUGGAAAAUCUACCAAACGACGCCCCUGUUUACUGCUUUAAAAAGAAACGGUACGACGAUCUAAAAGCUGUCCCAACUACUGUUCUUCGGUGACUCCGAUGACUAUUUGUUGCUAAACCUUCGUGCCUACACGGCUCCUACACUUGUUUGAACUCAACUUCAUAAACUCUUCAAUGUGAAAAUAAAAAAAAAAGCAACCUUUUCUUCAGACUAAAUAACGUUCAAACUCUGCUUUCCUCCGACAUUAGAAGAUGACCGGAACCUGAAACGGAUUUCAGAAAGUCCGCUUUUUAAGCCUUUUAAUGAAGCUCCUUGUAUUUUGUCGCCAGGCACUUGUCACAGCCAGACAUGGAAACGUUCAGUUUCCCUCGCAGCGUUUAUAUGAUCUCGUGUUGAACACUUUGACUGUUGGCUGUAAUUUAUCUUGAUUUUAGGAACUGACAGAGAGCUGACUUUAUGCAUUUUGUCGUUCAGUGACAAGUGCCUGUCCAUGAAACGAAUAACCUGUAAUGUUGAAGUGUACUUUUGUCAAAUGUUGCAUGCGAUAGCCAGAACAAACAUCUCAUGUUGUACAUAAGAAAUGUGAGGUUGGUGAACUUGGGACAGCCUGAUCAGGGCUAAGCUGCUUUUGUGGUUUUAAUAAGACCUGAUACAUUUUUCUCAUUAGGUUGACUUCACCAAUGAGUUAAUUGUCAUGAACAUGGCUCUAGAGAUAUUUGUUCAAGGUCAAAGUUAACUCCUUUGAUGAAAACAUAAAAAGGUACCUUUCCACUGUGUUACCCUGAACUUUUUCCUCCAAGUACCUGCAGUAUUUUCCAGGGACCUUUUAGAUAUCCUCUGUCUUUUUCUUGAGUGUGUUUCCAGCGAUGAGUUCAAAACCAUUGUGUUGAUGUAAACGAAGCCUUUCGACAGCAAGUGUUAAUUUGUUCCCAUGUACAAAGACGGAAUACUUGUUUUUGUUCUCAAGCAGCAUUCAAACUCGAUCGCUGAGAUCGAUUGAGAUUUGUUCGUCCGUGGAUACAGAUGCCAACCCACAGCAGCAGCAGAGGCAAAAAUGGAAUAAAGAAAUUGUGACAUUUAACUCAAUUCGAAAAUACUUUAUAAAUCCAAAAGCGAAGUAUUUUAUUUUAUUUUAUUUUUUUAAUAACUCAACUAUCCCAGGUUUUUGGAGAACAGAGUCAGCUUGUUUAGCUUUUUAAAGUCCCUGGCUCUGAUGCUGCUACACCAACAAGAGUUGGCAUCAAAGAUUGCAUUCUUCACAAGAAACUUAUAAAGUAAAGUCCUUGAACAUAUUCCUGUUUCUCUAUAAAUCCACAAGCAUCCCCGUUUUUUGUUCACAUUUCAAGAUGAGAUGACUGUUACCACACCAAGCCACAAAGUGGCCCACCAGCUCUCUGUACUCAGCUUCUUGUCCAUUUCUGAUCCACCUGGUAACAGCAGCAUUGUCUGAGUAUUUGUUUCUGCAGAUGACAGGACUGGAAGGAUUAGGUUUACAGAGUGGUUUGAAUGUUUGCAAGCAAAGAUGGAAACUGUAUGACCAGCAAAUAGUCACUUUCAAUUUGAAUAUACAAACCAAACAGCAUUUUCUUUUCCAGUCCAGAUGAUAUGGAUAAAGUAAUAUCUUCAUGAGAACAGAACCUGCUAAGAUGUUAGCGCUCUGCCAGCUGCAGGCUCCAGCUGGAUUCUGAGACUUUGCUAUGGAGACGGCCAAAAUAAAAACACAGCUUUCUCCUUAUUUACAGACGUCCACGCUCUGUGCUGGUGUACUCGCUGCUGUGAAUCAUUUAGUUAGCCAAGGGGCAAGCGUUAAGAGGAAGAAGGCAGUGGUUCAGCCGUUUUCCGCCGUCCGUCUCCAUACUUGCUGCAUUAUGUGACUUGACUGUAAUUAGUUCUGAAUACGUACAAAAAGAAGCGCUACCUCUCUACCUCUAGGGCAGUGUUUUGGAGUAAAUUCCUACUCUGGUAAUGUGAUUCCAUCCUGGUUCCCUCAGUGGAAACGGCAGAGGUAAAAGGUUCCCUCGGUGAGAAUAUGCUAUGAGUUACAGUUUACAGCAGAACAAUCUCUCUACUUGGAGCUGCCACGUGUCAUGUCAACAAACGCCUGGUACCGUUUCAGAAGUGCUCGACUCUCUAGACAUUCCCACAGACAGACAGUGGUUUAGUCCACCGGUUAGGCCUCCUGCUCCCAGGUCUCCAACCCUCACCGUUUUACCGUGUGCUAUUUCCUUUUCAUAAUAAUCUGUUCCGAAUGGCCGUGUCCGUUUCUGUACAUACAAAAGAGAUUGUCGUCACAUCGCUAUAGACAUUGAGUGAAUAGAUGUUGAACAGACUGACUCCUGCAACAUUUGGUCUGUCCAGGUGCCAUAUUUGUGCGCCGCGUCGUGAUUCUGUCCCCGGCCCUCAUCGUGUAUCCCAGUUAACUUUGUGCCGAUGAUCUACGAGCGAACAUUGUGAUCUGAAUUGUUUACCUGCUGUGUCAUACCUGUACCCUUUACUGUACUUCUGCUGUAGUCUUCACUUGUUUAAUUUAGUCGGCUAGAUGGUGGAGCGAUCCUCACAGCAAUCAGUCAUCUUUAGACGAACCCCGGGUCCAUCCUGUCAGAGGGUCAACGGUGUACAAACAAAGUAAAAUGUCUUUUUAAAACCA